AUGAGUCCAAACAAGUCCUACAAAACCGGCGAAGCUUUCAACACUGCCCUAGGUGCUGGCCUGCGCAGUACAUGGGCUGGGGCAGAUGCCAUCCACGGUGCUGUUAAUGCAGGAGUUAAAAUUCAAGGUGCCGUUGCCGAGCACAAGUGGACCAAAGCGAGGGUCAACGAACAGCUGCAGAGAGCUCAGCACCCGGAUGGCAAACCUAGGGUUGAUCACUCGGCGCAGUAUCAGGCUGCGAACCCUACACUGAGCAAUCUUGGAAACGAUAAGAACCUCUAUAACCGUGUUAAUGGACAGCGUUAG